UUGACUCAAACAAUCUCCAUAAACAUUUCUACACAACACACUAAUAACACUACGAAAUCACAUUCAUGUUCAAGUAUUUUUCACACAUACAAGGGAUUGUUUGGUUUGGGUAGUGAAUCAAAAUCCUAACGGAUAGUUUUCUAUGGUUCAGUCCUUCGGGUAAAAGUAGACCAAAUCAUCACAAGCAGAAAGUUAUGUAAUAGUAGUCGACCUUUGAAUUUCUCCAGCUCCAGGAAGGAAAAUAAUCAGGUCAAGGGAAGCCCCAAGCUCUGGAACUCAGAAGUAAGAACAUUUUGGAAAGAUGGCUAUAAGUAAAGAGGAAACGAAAAAGGAAAACAAUAGGAAAAAUGAAGAAAACCAGCAAAACAAAAGGAAAAAUGAAGGAAACCAGCAAAACAAAAAGAAAAAUGAAGGAAACCAGCAAAACAAAAGAGACGAGAAAAAGGAUCAGAAGAAAAAUGACAAGCAAAAGAAGGGAGAAAAGAAAGCAAAUAAGGAGUAUAAACCAGGGAUGCCAUCUUGGAUGUAUGACCCUUGCCCCCACAGAGUAUGGACACCAAAACCAGGGGAGAGAGACAAAUCUGAACCUAGAGGUGCUGGAAGCCCAUGGAAUGAACCUGGAAGAAAACUUGAAGAUGUAAAAAAAGAGGAAGAAGAGAAGAGUAAAAAGAAGGAAGAGAAGGCAGCACAAAAAAGGCAAAAAGCUAGAGAGGAAAAUCAGAAAAAGAAAGAAGAUGAGGAGAAGGCAAAGAAAGAAGAAGAAAAAAAGAAAAAGGAAAAAGAAAAACAAAAGGAAGAGAAGAAAAAAGAAAAAGAGAAGAAAAAGAAGAAGGAAGAAGAUGAAAAAAGGAAAAAACAAAAGGAAGAACGGGAGGAAAAGAAAAAGGAAGAGGAAAAAAAUAAGGAAGAUAAACAAAAUAAAAAAGAUCAGGAUAAAAGUAAAGAAAAAGGAAAAAAGGAAAAAGAGCCUCUCAUUGCAUCAUACAUGUACGAACCUUGCCCUCACAAAGUUUAUAACCCUGGCCCUGGAGAAAAGGAUUUGGCUGAACCAAGAGGGGUUGGUAGUCCUUGGUAUGUACCGGUAAAGAAAAAGGAAGACCUUGAGAAGGAAGAAGCAGAGAGACAAGAAGAAGACAAUAAAAAGAGGAAAGAAAGAAGUAAGCAGCAUCAAAAGGAACAGAGAGAAAAAGAACGCAAAGAAGAAGAGCAGAGGCAAAAAGAAGAAGCAAAGCAGAGGAGAAGGGAACAAUUAAUGGAAGAAAAGAGGGAACAAAAGAGAAUAGAACGAGAAGAAAGGAGAAAAGAAAGGGAAAGGGAAGAGAUGGAAAAAUACAUGGGUGAGGGUGUUAGCCCAGACAAAACGGAUUUCACCCCUGAGUUGAUGCUCAUGUUUGAUUUCAUCAGCGGAAUUGAUGAAGAUCAAAGGAAGAAACGAGGUGAAGCUUUGCAAAUGAGAAAGGAAGAAAUAGAGAACGAAAUGGAAUCCCACCUAGCUAAAGAGGCUUUUACCAAGGACUUCAGGGAACUGGUAAGCACAUAUGUGGAGGCAGAAUGGGGAAGGGAGGACAAGAAACUGAGAGAGUUAAAACGAGCAGAGAGGAAAAGGCGCAAAGAGAUUUUCAACAAUAUGGACCCCUUGGCUAAAGAUAUGAUAGCAGAAGGGACAAGGUUCAACUGUUUGUAUAAAGGAGCUAUGGGUAUCCCGGAGAGUAAGAAGGAUAAAAGGGGACAUGGAGAACCCAGUGUAAUGGAGGACAUGGCAGUCAGUAGGAUCAUGGAACAAAUGGAUAAACUGAUGAUGCCUCAACCAACAUUCAGAUCGUUGCUGACUGCUAACCAAGCCAAACAUUCCGUCAUGUAAACUAAAUACAUUUGUUGUAAAUCAUCUGAAAGUUCCUAACAUUUUAAAAUUAAAAUAUUUGUAUAUAAAACA